AUGUUACCUGAAGAUGGUUCUCUGAGGAGCUCUGCCGAGGUGGAGCAUUCCAUAGCUAAUUCACAACCAACAAGUAAUUCGGAUGGAAAUGCGCCCUCUUUACUUGAUGAAGAUGAUGGCGACGAAAUAAAUCUUAAUACGGACUCGCGUUCGAAACUUAGAUUGGAUUCAUCUCUCGAUCCGUCAGCUGGUCCGGAGACUUCAUGCGUCCUUGAUCGACCUAUACCUCCACCAAGGGAUGACGCUGCAUCAAAUUCUGACUUCAUUUUGGAAGUACGAAUUUGUGAUUUUGAAAAGAGGGGAGAUGGAAUGAAUGCCUACAUCGUAUACAAGCUUGUUACAAAGUGCGAAGGUGUGCCGGGAAUCUCAGACAGAACCUAUGAAGUCUGGAGGCGUUUCUCAGACUUCCUAGGUCUUCACGAUAAGCUUUUUGAGAAGUACAUCUCAAAGGGUAUCAUCGUUCCUGCAGCACCGGAAAAAAGUAUUGCUGCUAUGACAAAAACUAAGGCAACGUCAGAUCCUGCGACAUCUAGAGAUGUAGCGGUUCGCCGUGCGCGGCAACUUGAACGUUUCUUGAAGCGUGUUGUGCAACAUCCACGACUUCGCAUCGACUGUGACGUUCGUGAUUUUCUCACCAUUGAGACCGAACUUCCACGUGCAAGCCAGACGGCAGCUUUAUCAGGAGCUGGGAUGAAACGCAUGAUUAAGAGUGUAGGAGAGGUUUUUUCAAAAAUGGCCUUCCACAUGGAAGAGGGCGAUCGCUGGUUUGAGCAGACGCAAUCCCAUGUCGAGGAACUGGACGAAUCAUUGCGGAAACUUCUUCACCUAUCUGAAUCCCUCACUUCGACUCGUAAAGAGUUGGCUGGUGCGCAAGAAAGUAUGAGCAAGGGUCUGUCGAUGCUUGCUUCAUGUGAAGAGUCUACCGCUUUGGCACGUGCGCUAUCUCACUUGACAGAAACAGAGGAGAACACCGCUACUUUGUGGGCUAAGCAGUCGGAAAUGGACUCCAUACGGUUUACGGAAUCUCUCAGCGAAUAUGUUGGCCUGGUUGGGUCACUGAAAGAGUUAUUUGCUGAACGUGUAAGAGUUUGGCAGAAUUGGCAAUCUGCACAACAAAGUCUCGCUCGAAAGCGCGAGCAGAAAGCUAGGUUAGAGUUGUCUGGCAAAAAUGACAGAGCCGCGGCACUAAGAGAUGAAAUGGAUGAAGCUGUUCGCCGUAUGGAUCAACUUGAAGCUGAAUUCGGUGAUCUCAGUAAACUCAUACGAGAAGAGAUUGGAAGAUUCGAAGUUCAGCGCCGGAACGAUAUGCGUCAAAUGUUCGUUGAGUACUUGGAAUCUCUAGUUCAGACUCACACUGAGAUGUUGGAAGUGUGGGAAAAGUUUGAACCAGAAACUCGUUCAAUUUUCGCGUGA